AUAAAUGUUCGGGUUACGAGCAUGGACGCUGAGCUGGAAUUUGCCAUCCUGCCCAGCACCACUGGCAAACAACUUUUUGAUCAGAUAGUGAAAACAAUCGGGUUGAGGGAAACGUGGUUCUUCGGUCUCCAGUACCAGGACAGCAAAGGCUUCUCUACUUGGCUAAAGCUCAACAAAAGGGUGACUGCUCAAGAUGUGAAGAGGGACAACCCUCUGUUGAUAAAGUUCAGGGCAAAGUUUUACCCUGAGGAUGUUGCGGAAGAACUCAUUCAGGAGGCAACACAACGUCUCUUCUUUCUGCAGGUGAAAGAAAGCAUCCUAAAUGAUGACAUUUAUUGUCCACCUGAGACUGCCGUCCUUUUAGCCUCGUAUACAGUUCAAGUCAAACAUGGAGACUACAGAAAAGACUAUCACGUUCCGGGCUACCUAACCAGAGAGAAGCUGCUUCCGCAAAGGGUUUUAGAGCAGCACAAACUGAAUAAAAAUCAAUGGGAGGAAAGAAUUCAAGUGUGGCAUCAAGAGCACAAGGGAAUACUACGGGAGGACGCCAUGGUGGAGUACUUGAAGAUAGCCCAGGAUCUAGAAAUGUAUGGGGUCAACUACUUCAGCAUCAAGAACAAGAAAGGAACUGAGCUGUGGUUGGGAGUGGAUGCCCUGGGCCUCAACAUAUAUGACAAAAAAGACAAGCUGACCCCAAAGAUUGGUUUCCCCUGGAGUGAGAUCAGAAAUAUUUCCUUCAAUGACAAGAAGUUCGUCAUCAAACCUAUUGACAAGAAAUCUCCGGACUUUGUUUUCUAUGUACCCCGCCUUCGUAUCAACAAACGCAUCCUGGCGCUGUGUAUGGGAAACCACGAUUUGUACAUGCGCAGACGCAAACCGGACACCAUUGAAGUGCAGCAGAUGAAGGCCCAGGCGAGAGAGGAGAAGAAUAAGAGGCAGAUGGAGAGGGCUCUGCUUGAGAGUGAGAAAAAAAAGCGUGAAAAUGCUGAGAAGGAAACAGAGAAGAUUGCUCGCGAGACCAUGGAACUGAUGGAGAGAUUGCGACAGAUUGAAGAGCAGACAAAGAGAGCUCAAGAUGAGCUUGAGGAGCAGACUCGCAGGGCGCUUGAGUUAGAGAAGGAAAGGACACUUGCGCAGGAGGAAGCUGAGAUCCUGGACAAUGACCACAAGGCUGCCAUGCAGGCUAAAGAAGCCCUGCUACAACAUCCUCAGUCUGAGAUGAAGAGUCAGGAAGAGCUGGCCACUGAGCUGGCAGAGCUUACGUCGAAAAUCUCCCAGCUGGAAGAAGCCAAGAAGAAAAAGGACGAGGAGGCAAUGAGAUGGCAGAAAAGGGCAAUGAUGGUAGAAGCUGAUUUAGAGAGAACCAAAGAGGAGCUGAAGUCGAAAAUAAUGGGAAUCCACAUCCAGGAUUCUGUACACCCUCACAUGCAUGAUCACGACGAGACGGAUGAGAGCAGUGCGGAGGCGAGUGCUGAGUUAAUGUCUCCCGGCACAGUACGCGACCGUAGUGAGGAGGAAAGAGUCACUGAGGCCCAGAAGAACCAGAGACUUCAGAAAAACUUGAAGUUCCUGAGUACUGAGCUUGCUCGAGCUGUAGACGACAGCAAAAAGACCCCAAAUGACCUGAUCCAUGCUGAGAAUGUCAAGGCUGGCCGUGACAAAUACAAGACCCUACGUCAAAUUCGUCAGGGCAACACCAAACAGCGUAUUGAUGAAUUUGAGUCCAUGUAAGAAAUGUCUGUUGACGGACUGAAUGAUCAACUGAAUUGGAUUAAGAAACUGAGAAGUAGAGCAGUAUUGAAUUGAUAACAGUGUAGGAUCUCAGAACGAAUGAAUAGAAUUAAUAUAUACUGUUACUAUUCUUGAUUUCGAUUUUUCAUUCACUUACUGCAAAUGUACUGCAAAUAUACUGUAAUUAUAAUGUUGGGUACGCUUGCACAUCCUAAUAAGAGCAAAUAAAAAAUGUUUAGCAAAAUGA